CUCCCGGAGGGCGGUGGAGCAGGCAGGGGGAGGCGGGCCCGGGCAAGAGGCGGAGCGCGGCGAUUCCGGGCUGGCCUCGGAGCUGGGGGCGCGGGGAGCGAUGCAGCCGCCGCCCCGCAAGAUUAAGCCCAUCCAGGAGGUGAAGGUGCGCUUUGUGGAGCAGCUGUCUAGCCUGCAGAGUAAGCAGCAGCGGGAGCUAGAGCUCCUUGAGGACAUCAGGUCCUACAGCAAACAGCGAUCUGCCAUUGAGAGGGAGUAUGGGCAGGCGCUCCAGAGACUGGCGAGUCAGUUCCUGAAGAGAGAGUGGCUGCGGGGCCGGAGUGAGAGCAAUGACUCCAGGAGCGUUUUUACCGUCUGGAAGGGAGUGAUUGAUGGCACCGUCUGCUCAGGCCAGUCCCGGGUCGCUGCCUCCGAUAACUAUCGCAUCGUAAGCACAGAGGCAGCUAAAACCGCACGGGUGUCCAAAGAGCACCUGCUCAAAAAGGGCAUUGAGCAGCUGCUGAGUGUGCAAGCAGAACUGCUGGAGUCUGUGAAGGAAGUCAGCAAAACCAAGAAGCAUUAUGUGCAGCUGCAGCGGUCCAAUGAGGUGGCCCGGGAGAAGGCUGCUGACGUGGAGGCCAGGCUGCGGAAGAGCGAUCAUGGCAUAUUUCACACCAAGGGCAGCUUGCAGAAGCUCAGUGCCAAGUUCUCUGUGCAGCUUGCAGAGAAUUCGCAGCAGCUACUGUUGGCCCAGAACGAGUACGCCCUGAUGCUGGCGGCUGUCAAGGCCCACCUGGAGCACUGCUACCAGAGAGAGCUGCCUGCAGUCAUCCAGACUCUAGACGGUGACCUUUAUGAGCGACUGCGAGAUCAGCUCAUGUUGAUCAGCCAGACAGAGCUGGAGGUGUGCCAAGGCACACAGGAACUCUUUCAGGGUAUCGCAAAUGCAUCUGCUCAGGUGUGCCGGGAGCAGAAUCUCCUCCUGUUCCUCCAGGAUAAUGCUGCCUUCUCACCAACGGCUGCCCAGCCCUUUCAGCCAGACGGAACGGAGCAGGUGAUUUCUCUCUUGGAUGACAGUGGGCUGGAAAAGGAAGCCCGACGCUGGGCCAGUCGGGCAGCCAAAGAUUUUAAGAUCCAGACUGUCAGUGAGCAGGUUCUGCAGAGAAUGGAGACCCGAAGGCAGCAGGUCAAUGAGGCAGAGAUGUCCAGUGUGGAGAAAAGGAUGGAAGACGUGAAGGAAAAUAUCCGGAAGGCAGAGAUCAGCAAGGUGAAGGCAGAGGCUCGGCUGCUGCUGCUGCGGCAGGCUGGCUUGGAUGUAGACACCUGGCUGGCCAGUGCCAUGGGGCAAGUCUUGGAUGAAAUUGAGCAAGAGCGGCGGCUCAGUGAAGCACGCCGAUCUGAGAGGGGCUCCACUCCGACGGCAGAGGAAUUCGACCCAGCUGAGUUUGAAGAUUAUGAUGACAGUACAGAACUGUUUGAGGACAUGCGGCCAAGCCCGGGUGUGACUCGCACCUACCCUUCGUCCUGCAGAGUGUUCUUCCCAUACCAGGCCUGCCAGUCUGAUGAGCUGACCAUUGUCCAGGGAGAGGAGCUGGAGGUCAUAGAAGAUGGUGACGUGGAGGAAUGGGUCAAGGCACGCAACCGGACAGGACAGGUUGGCUACGUCCCUGAGAAAUACCUCCUCUUUCUGGAUUCCGUGAGCAGAACCUGUGUAGUCCCAGAUGGGGGCAACAAGCAAAGCUCUUCAGAGAGGGAGAAGGAGUUGACAGACCUCAUGCUGGAGCCUGGAGCCUGGUUGGUCCGGGCCCUCUAUGACUAUGAGGGGCAGAGCCCGGAGGAGCUCAGCUUCCCAGAGGGAGCCAUCAUCCGAGUGCUGCCCCGGGAGGAGGGGACUAUUGACGAUGGCUUCUGGAAAGGGGACUUCAAUGGGAGAGUCGGUGUCUUCCCAUCCUUGGUGGUGCACGAAAUCAUGGGCGCUCCCAGGGGAGCUGAGCAGGACUUGCCUUCCCCCUCGCCUCCAGCUGGCUCCCCUCCAGUCCUUGACCCGACAGUAGCAUCUCCUGCAGAAGCGCUGCUUGGUGGUGGCUGGCGAGGAAACACAGCCAGUGGGCACAGUUCCCCUGACCCAAAUGCACCUCGUAUUCGCCCAGUUCGGGCUCCCCCACCUCCACCAAUGAAGGCCCCGGAAGCUGACUCAUCGCCUGGCUGUGGUUAACUCUGCUGAGCUCCCAGAGGAGGCCUGACCACUUAAGACAGCUUUGGGUCCUUGGGUGCCAUAGUAACUCCAUAUCCAGCCGUUUCUUCUAAGGAGACCUCUUGGGCGCUCUGCUGUGUGGCCACUCUGCAGCCUCAUUCCAGGCUCUUGCCAAGCAGGCAGGAUGAAGGUGGGAUGAGGGUGCCAAAAGGCACAUUGCCUGCACAAUAACCCUCUCCCCAGCAGCCCUGGGGUACUGCUUCUGUGGCACACGAGGAUGUGCACGAAGAGUGUCUCUGCUUGCACUGUUAGCGAGUCCUGCAGGCAGCACCCCCUGUCCUGCUCCCAAGAGUCUCCCUGGACUCCUAGCUGAGGCUGUGCAAGCGUUUUCCUUCUCUGGGGCGGGAGCUGGUCUCUCCCUCAGCCUUCGAUGCUGCUAGCUACUGUCACCUCUGUCCACCCUUGGCCUUUGCGGGGCCACCGGUGUGCCUUUUCCCAUCAGAACGCAGACAGCAUAUGAAACGCCCUUUCUCUCGUUCAGCCGUUAGCUCUCUGCAGCCCCCUGCGGAGCAAGCUGCCUCCUGUGUUGUGUUGUAGAGGGAGAGGGGAUUGCCACGUUGUCCGUUGCCCAAUAAAAGAGACCUCACUCAAA